AUGUCGGGGCUGGUAUUGGAGAACAUGUCCAUCGCCUCUUGCUUCAAGCGAGUUUCAGCAACAGUUGGACGGACAACCGCACACGCCCGCCGCAAGUUUACAGCUACAGCACAGUUGAGCCUGUCGAUAGAGCAUGAUUCUCCAGACGUCAAAAAGGCUAGUACAUACUGCCAAAACCUGGUUAGAAACUAUGAUUCCCCUUCAUACACCCUGGCUCAUUUCGUUCCAUCACACAUGCUUCCUGCAUACUUUGCAAUCCGAGCGUUCAAUAUAGAGCUGGCAAGGAUACCAGACGUGGUUUCGAUGCCGCAAAUUGGCGCCAUGAGAAUGCAAUUCUGGAGAGAUACGAUCAACAAGACCUUUGAGCUGACGCCGCCAAUGGAGCCAGUGGCUAUACUCUUAGCUUCUUACCUUAACCAAGGCUACAAGCUCAACAAGUCUUGGUUCCAACGCAUCAUCUCGACCAGAGAUCGCAAGUUGACGCACCCCGGAUUCACGAGCAUGACAGAGCUGGAAUCGUAUGCUGAAUCCACCUACUCCACGCUUUUAUAUUUGAGUCUGUCCGCUCUACCUCUAAAUUCUCUCACCAUGGACCAUCUGGCUUCUCAUGUUGGCAAAGCUGCUGGAAUAGCUGCAGUUUUGCGAGGAGUGCCAUUACUGGCAUUUCCUCCACCUCCCAAUCAGCACUCAAACAAUCCCCCAGGGUUGGGUUUGCCUGCAAGUCGGGACAGGCAGGGCGCAAUUACACUUCCUCUAGAUGUCAUGUCCCAGUGCGGCGUUCGGGAAGAGGACAUUUUCCGAAAUGGAGGCGACGCCGAAGGUCUUCGAGAUGCAACAUUUGCUGUUGCGACUCGUGCUUCAGACCACCUCAUAACUGCCAGGACCAUGCUCAAAAACAUUCACCAAAGUCGUGAUCCUGGUCAUGAGUUCGAACAUUUGAAUGACGAAGGCCAUGAAGACAGCCGAUAUGAUGCAGAUGGCUCAGCGUCCGCCGAUAAGAGCAAGCAGGAAGUGGAAGAGGGGUUUGGCAUUGUGAUGGGACCCGCGGUGAGCACCCAACUAUGGCUCGACAGGUUGCAAAAGGUUGACUUCGACAUAUUCGACGCAAGCCUGAGGCAAGUCGAGUGGAAGUUGCCUUUUGUCGCAUGGUUACGGAGAAAGAGGGGCCAACUUUGA